AUGUCCAACAACCAGGAAGCCCAAGAAGAUGAACUGCUGGCUCUAGAGAGCAUAUAUGAUGAAGAAGAGUUUCGCAGGGCAGAAUCAGGACAGGAGGGCGAGAUCCAUCUGUGCCUUGAACUUCCUCCAAACUUCGAACUGAUAGUCAAGGGGCAGGCAUGUGUAGAGUGUGGUAUAUCAUUUCUACCCCCCUUGGUUCUGAGUUUUGAACUCCCUGCUGAUUACCCUUCAUCAUCAGCUCCAGUCUUUACUCUAAGCUCCAAAUGGCUCACAAGAGUCCAGAUCACUGCUCUUUGCAAGAGACUGGACGAGCUUUGGGAGGAGAACCGGGGCAAUGUUGUUCUUUUUUCCUGGUCCCAGUUCCUAAAGGAAGAGACUCUGGAAUUCUUGGGCAUCCAGUCUCCACUGGAGAUCCAAAGCAUUGGUGACAAGCUUCAGUGUGAAUCUGGCCAGAAGCAAGCAGUAGAUGCUGAUGGAGAUAAACUGCAAGAGUUGGACCAACGAGCUGUUCAAGUAGUCGACCCUCAUACGGACAUCCUAAAGCAGCUGCUGGAUUUUAAUGAAGCUCAGAAGCAGAAGGUGUUUGAUGGGAAGGUCUUCUGUUGUGGGAUCUGCUUCUCUGAGAAGCUGGGCUCAAACUGUUUGCUCUUCAAAGAGUGUCAGCAUGUCUACUGCAAGACCUGCAUGAAGGAAUACUUUGAGAUCCAGAUCAGAGACGGCAAUGUCCAUUGCCUUAACUGCCCUGAACCAAAGUGUACAUCCAUAGCCACUCCAACACAGGUGAAACUUCUGGUGGGAGAAGACGAGUUUGCCCGCUAUGAACGCCUCCUCCUUCAAUCAAGUCUGGACCGAAUGGCAGAUGUGGUGUACUGUCCUCGCAAGACUUGCUGCAUGGCUGUGAUGGUGGAGCCUGACUCCACCAUGGGCAUCUGCCCCUCUUGCCGUUACGCCUUCUGCACUAAAUGCAAGCAAACCUACCAUGGCCUCUCCAUUUGCAAAGAGGAUGAGAUUCUCAGGUUGCAGGAAGAGUACCAAGCUGCAAGUGCAGCAGAGAAGAAGCAACUUAACAGGGAAUACAAGAAGAAGAUCUUUAAGAGAGCGAAGAAUGAGGCUUUGAGUGAAAAGUAUGUGAAGAAUAACUGCAAGCAGUGUCCCUCCUGUGGCGCUAACAUACAGAAGGUUGAGGGCUGUAACAAGAUGACCUGUUCCUCCUGUAGGCAGUAUUUCUGCUGGAUUUGCCUAAAAGUUCUCAACACUGUGAACCCCUACAAUCACUUCAAUACGUCCAGCUCACCAUGCUUUAAUCUAUUACAUGAUGAAACGGCAGCACAGGGGGCUCGAUGAAGUCGACUGAUCCACCAUAAUGAAAAGCUCAUAUCUCUCCAUGCACUUUAUCCAGUGCACUAAGCAUUCUACUUCCAUUUAUUGUUUAGCAUUUAUGUUAUCAGAGGUAGUCUUUUGAAAAUGUACAAUUCUUUUUCACUUUUAUUCUACUUUUUGAAGGGUUUAACAGUCGUUAUUUUCAUUAUGCACAGGAGCAUCCCUUUAAAUGGCUUUGAUGAACAUUUGUAAGCAAACCUUAUGCUAAGCAUUAGGGACAACCAAAAAAACCUUCAUUUAUUUGUAUAGCACAUUUCACAACACACAUUUUCUCAAAGCAGCUUUACAGAAAAUUAAGCUGUAAUGUCUGUAAUAUCUUAGUCAUCAUUGUGCAGUUUACUGAAAAAUUUGAUUGUAGAUUAUGCCUUAAAAAAUAUUAUUUGUCUUUAGACUCCCAGUUAAUGUUGGUUUACCAGGCAAAGGAUUUUAUCCUGUGUUUAUGUUUUUAUUUAUUUACUUAAGAACCUCAAUGCAGCACAAAUUAUGUUAGAAAAUAAAGGAACCUUAAUAGUAGGGGGGAUUGAGGGCAAUCUUAACACUAAAGUCAAGUAA